GGAAGGAGCCGAAUGACGUUUGUGCCAGAGGAAGACCGCCUCUGGUUUUAAGAUGUUAGGCCAGAUGGGAAGGGGUUGAGCCGCUGCUCCGGUCCGCUGCUUGCUUGGGUGCUGUGAACGAAUCUGAGUCUGAGACAGGUUUAGGGAAAGCGGGUUACAUGGGGUCGUACCAGUGUAAGUGCGUUUGUCUGUGAAUGUGUGUGUGUGUGUGUGUGUGUGUGUGUGUGUGUGUGUGUUUUGAGGGGAGGACUCUCUUCACUGUUGCUGCCGCAGCCUCUUUGGAUAUGAUUUCAUCUACCUGUCCCUGUCACUCUUGACACUUCUCUGUCAGUGCUGCUUGCAAAGAGGGCGGGCGGCAGUAGAGCUUUUUCGGGUGAUUAUUAGGCUUACUCAUCGGAGGUCUCUUUCUCCCCCUACUUUUUAUUCCUUUUGACCUGGGAGCUCUCUUCAGGAGAAUUCUGCUAAGCUGUGCUCUCUUUCCCACCCUACUCCCACGCCCCUCAAACCCUAUGCCUCUCUUUUCUUUGGGACUAGAACGCUUACUGGGGUCCGGCAGGGUUCUCCCACUGAAACAUCUAGAAGAGCUUUCUCUGUAGACAAACUCCAGUGGUUUCUUCAACCCGGUUCUUGCCAUUGCCUCUACUGUUUGUUUCCGAGCGCUUGAAAGGCAGAGGCGGCAGCGGCUGUGGUCCGGGACAGCGAACCUGAAAAGCCGGAGCUAGCGGCUGCGGUCACCGGACUUGGGGAUAGGGGGGUGGAGGGCGUAAGGGCGCUUUCCGAAGACUUGCAGCAAGACGCUUGGCGUUGUGCUUCCUUUGGUCAAUGAACUGCAUGAAAACCCCGUUCCAUUUGGAGCAUCGAGCCGCAGGGACUAAGCUGUCUUCCUCCUUCUCCUCUUCCUCUUCUUCCUCCUUCUGUCAUCAUCACCAAUCUCCACCGGCCAUGGCUUCGGUUCUGGCUCCAGGGCAGCCACGCUCGCUGGAUUCCUCCAAGCACCGGCUGGAGGUGCACACCAUCUCAGACACUUCCAGUCCCGAGGCCGCAGAAAAAGAUAAAAGCCAGCAGAACAAGAAUGAGGACGCCGGGACUGAGGACCCAUCCAAGAAGAAGCGGCAGCGGAGGCAGCGUACCCACUUCACCAGCCAACAGUUGCAGGAAUUAGAAGCCACCUUCCAGAGGAACCGCUACCCCGACAUGUCCACCCGAGAAGAGAUAGCCGUAUGGACCAACCUCACGGAAGCCAGAGUGAGGGUUUGGUUCAAGAAUCGACGGGCCAAGUGGAGAAAGCGAGAGAGGAACCAACAGGCUGAGCUAUGCAAGAACGGCUUCGGGCCCCAGUUCAACGGCCUCAUGCAACCCUACGAUGACAUGUACCCGGGCUACUCCUACAACAACUGGGCUGCCAAGGGCCUCACCUCGGCCUCUCUAUCUACUAAGAGCUUCCCCUUUUUCAACUCGAUGAAUGUCAACCCCCUAUCUUCACAGAGCAUGUUCUCCCCGCCUAACUCCAUCUCGUCCAUGAGCAUGUCGUCCAGCAUGGUGCCCUCGGCGGUGACCGGCGUCCCGGGCUCCAGCCUCAACAGCCUGAAUAACUUGAACAACCUGAGCAGCCCAUCGCUGAAUUCAGCUGUGCCAACGCCCGCUUGCCCUUAUGCGCCGCCGACCCCUCCGUACGUUUACAGGGACACAUGUAACUCUAGCUUGGCCAGCCUGAGACUGAAAGCGAAGCAACACUCCAGCUUCGGGUACGCUAGCGUGCAGAAUACGGCGUCCAAUCUGAGCGCCUGCCAGUACGCAGUAGACAGACCAGUGUGAACCCCAGGACCACCAGAGCGCCUAUCCAGAAAGCUGGCGGGAGGGCGGCUAGGGGGGUUGUGAGGGAAACACAGAUUUUUAAAUACUGAAUGGGAAAAUCCCUUCCUGGAAAAACUGAGAAUUCUACUAGAAAGUAAUGAGCACAAAAGAGAGAGGGAUCGAAAGAGAGAAAGACUAGGAAACCAUUGAAAUAAAAAGCGCUCUUUUGUUUUCAAAGGAAUUUCCUCAGUUUCCGACAUCUUUCACUGAAAGUAUUUCCAACAGUAACAAGGACAUAUAUAUAUAUAUAUAUAAAUAUAUAUGGACAAAUGUUUGACUGGAUAUGACAUUUUAAUGUUACUAUAAGCUUGUUAUUUUUUAAGUUUAGCAUUGUUAACAUUAAAAAUGAUUGAAAGGAUGUAUAUAUAUGGAAAUGUCAAAUUAAUUUUAUAAAAGCAGUUGUUAGUAAUAUCACAACAGUGUUUUUAAAGAUUAGGCUUUAAAAUAAAGCAUGUUAUACAGAAGCGAUUAGGAUUUUUCGCUUGCGAGCAAGGGAAUGUAUAUACUAAAUGAGACACUGUAUGUUUCUAACAUUAUUAUGAAAAAAAAAUUGUGUGAAUAUAAGUUUUAGAAUAGUUCCUCUGGUGGAUGCAACGAUAUUUCUGAAAACUGCGAUGUAAAACCUGCCCUGUGUAUAACAUUUCUUACUAUAUUAUUGUUUUACUUUUCAGUAAACAUGAAAAAAAAAUGUGUUUUAUUUCAUGGGAGUAAAAUAUACCGCAUACUUA